AUGCCCCCUUCUUCGGACUCCGAGGCAAAUGACACCAUCCUAGUCAGCUCAGAAGAUGUGCGUGAUUUCAACAAGGAGAACCUCCUUCCCUUACCAGCCGAAGAUCUGAUCAAGAUUAGAGAAUGGCUACAACCAACGCCCUACGACCAGGAGAAAAGCGAAUUCCCCCGACAUCUCGCAUCUCACCUUGGGGGAACCGGCAAGUGGCUUACAUCUACCUCUGUCUACCAGCAGUGGCACCAAAGCGGUGAUAAUGGAAUCUUGUGGAUCAAAGGCAUCCCAGGCUCGGGCAAGUCCGUCAUGGCUGCCUCAAUAAUCGAUCAACUGCGCAAGGAAGAAGUUCCCGUUCUUUAUUUCUUCUUCCGACAAAUCAUUGACGCCAACCACCAGCCUGUGGCUGUGUUGCGGGACUGGCUAUGUCAGAUAUUGCCUUAUAGCCCUGCCUUACAACUGAAGUUGAUGGAGAAGAGCAAAAAUCGGUCCCUCAGUAUUCUAUCCCUAAGUGACCUCUGGAAAGAUCUCAAAUUCGCAUUAGCCUUGCUUCCCAGGGUUUAUUGUGUCACGGACGCAUUGGACGAGAUGGACCAGGGGAAUGAUGACUUCCUCCACGCACUAGUCAACUUCAGCCAGUGGCGCCCUGCAAAUGUCAAAGUACUCAUCACUUCGCGCCCGGUAUUUGCUGUGGAAAAUCCCUUACGAACAUUCCCUAUCCCGCACAUUCGACUGGAAGAACGAUUGGUCGAUAUGGAUAUUUCUGCCUACGUACGAUACAGGCUUCGAAGCUCGUCUAUUCUGCCUGAAUUCCGGGACGUCAUUGUGGAAGCCAUUCCUGGUCGGGCAAACGGCCUAUUCCUAUAUGCAAAACUUUCAAUGGAUGCCUUUUUAGAACCGGGUGCUGAUGUGCGCAAGGUCCUUGAGGCGCUGCCAGCCGACUUGAAUGUGAUGUACGAUGAUCUGUUGCGAGUGCAUGCAAAGCGCUCAAAUAUCCCUGAUGAGUUCCAAUUACUUGUCUUGCAAUUUGUCAUUUAUGCUACACAUCCUCUUCGCCUGCUCCAAAUUGCCGAAAUGGUGAACACUGUCUAUGUUCCAAAUGGAGACCAAAACCUCAAGACUACCAAGGACCUGGUAAGGGCUGCCUGUGGCCCGCUGCUGGAAAUUCUCCCUGAUGAAACAGUCUCCGUUGUGCACCACUCAUUCACCGAGUUUCUCAAAGGGGCCACCCGGUCAACCGAUAGUCUUUUCGGUUAUCCAAUCCUCCAAUCCGGUCCAACAAAUCAACGCCUCGCGAUCGCAUGCUUAGAAUACCUCAAUUCUGGCUGUCUAGGUAAAUUCAAUACAACGGGAGUUGUCCAACGUGGCACUUCUUAUCAUAAUCUUAAACAGGAGAAAUUAAAGCAGAUCGAACUGAAGUUCCCGUUUCUGAGAUACGCAGCACGCAAUUGGUAUGUCCACACCUCUCGCGCUGUCCUGGCAGGUGUAGACAUGUCACUGUAUCACGACGCACUUGAUACUUUCUUGGAAGAUGAUAAGAAGCUUAGAGCCUGGCUUCGUGUUAACAGGUGGAACGCUCAGAGGCGCAUCGAUCCUCUUCAUAUUGCCGCUGAACAUGGUCUCUCGCAGUACACUGCACACCUGCUACAAAAAGGAGAUGUCGAUGUCAAUUCAAAGACUUCUGAGGGCAGAACACCUCUGUUCAUCGCUGCGCAAUCAAAUCAUGCAGAUAUUGUCCGCAUGUUACUCGAAAAUCGAGCCGAUCCUGAUAUGCAGGAUUUCAAUGGGCUAAAGCCCCUUCAUCAAGCUGCCGAACGCAAAAAUGUUGAAGUGGUCAAAAUAUUGCUUGCUGCAGGGGUUGACCCACUGACUCCCAAGACAAAAGAAAAUCGCGAUCCAAGACGCCGCGGGGAUAUGCCUACACGUGUGGGGGUGACGCCAUUCAUGUAUGCAUGCAAAAGGGGCCAUGUCGAGACAGUAACCGAGUUUCUGCCUUACCUGAAAUCCAUCGAAAUAUUCAGUCAAGCCCUUUCAUGGGCAGCUGAAUCAGGACAUGCAGCUCUUGUGGAUUUGAUCCUUCGGCAUUCUGCAGUUGAUGUGAAUGAGCAGAUCGGAGACGGCACUGCCAUUUUCAAAGCUUGUAAAUCCGGUAAUUAUAAGACGAUCGAGGUUUUGUUGCAAGCUGGGGCUGACCCAAACAAACCUUCUUCCAAUUCUGGGAGGGUUCUGGCUGGUGAUGUUAGGACUGGACCUAGCAUAAUUCAAGAACAGAGGCGUUUUACAGCCUUGCAUGCCCUUUGUGGAACUCAUCGUUACGGACAUAACAUCCAGGAUAACCUAAAGAGCUUGCACCUUUUGCUCAAAGCGGGAGCUGAUGUCAAUUUGAAGGCUUUGGAUGGAUCGACAGCCCUGCAUUUUGCUUGCCAAGACAACAUUGAGCUGGUCAAACCGCUGAUGGAUGCAGGUGCAGAUCCAAAUAUGGAGACCAAUUCUGGAACCACUGUACUACACACAAACGGAGCGACAGACAAGGAACUGCUGCCCCUACUUAUGGCAACAGGGCGUAUGGAUAUUAACAAGGCUUCAAGAGAGACGGGAAAGAGUCCCUUGCAUUUUCGGCUUUCGGGUGCUCACCCAAAGUCACUCAGUAUGUUCUUGGUGUAUAAACCCGAUGUCAAUGCCACGGACAUCAAAGGUGAUAGUGCGCUACAUAUGGCCAGUUCCAUCAACGAGGGUACCUUUGAUGCUUUAUUAGCUGCGGGUGCCGACGUGAAUUUGCAGAACAAAGCAGGGGAUACUCCGUUGCAUCUUCACAGGCGUGAGAGGAUAUCCUGGUUAUUGAAUGCCGGGGCAAACAUUGAGGCCCGGAAUCACGAAGGCCAAACGCCGCUCUUCAAAGGCUUCGCUGAUGCCAAUUAUCGUCAGCUCCUGAUCAAGCACGGCGCCCGUCUUGAUACACGAGACUACAAGGGCCGAACUCUGUUGCAUAGGUUCAUUGAGAAGUCACCUGAUUUCAAGAACCUGGGCCCUCUAAUAGAUCUUGGCCUAGAUCCUACCUCUGUGGAUUAUGAAGGUAACACGCUUUUAUUCGAGUUGGCCUUCAAACGCUCCACUUUAACAACCGGGACUUUUGAAUUUUUGGUGAAUUCGGGCCUCGAUAUCGACCAAGCAAACAAUGCCGGUAGGACCUUGAUGCAUAUCCUGUGUGAUCACAAAUAUAAUCCGGAGAGCUGGAACUCAAAACUGCAAGUCUUCGACUAUGUCCUUCAGGUCUCUAAAAAUUUGAAUCCUCGUGAUCGUGAUGGUAUACAACCUUUGCAUAUUGCUGCUUCAAAUUCUGAAGUGUCAGUCUUCAAGCUUCUCGAUGCCGGGGCAGAUUUAUUCGGCACCACAAGCGAAGGUAUGAUGAUACUCCAUAUUGCGGCUCGAGCACGCCAGCCUGGUGUCAUUGGCAUUGUUCUCUCCAGAAUUGCAGGCCUCGAAGAAUCGAAGCGCAAGGCGUUCAUUAAUCAGCAAAACCAAGAAGGAAAUGCAGCUCUCCACUAUGCUUGCCGAUCAGGUCGACCUGAAAGCGUUAAAGCAUUGCUUGAGGCGGGUGCGGAUCCUAAUUUGCUAAACAAGGAUGGACACUCCCCAUUCAGAGCAUGUGCCUAUUUCGAGGCAGAGAAAGAAGACCAUCUGGAAAUGGAGCAUAACGCAACUCGUCUGGAGGAGAUAUUUGAAAUGCUGAUUUUCCAUGGUGCCGUUGUCAACGGAGAUAAUGGAUCUCUUCAAAGCACAUUCAACGCUGCCGUAUCAUAUCAACAUGAGUAUACCGUUGAUUGCCUCUUGUCGCUAUCAGACCGCAUUCCUGGUGUAGAGCCCAUCACGCACUCGAUGACUGAGGACUAUCUCCUGUGCUCUCAUCGCCUGGGAGCGAAAAAGCGAAAGUUGAGAGCAAGUGGAAGAAUCCCGAAACAUGACAAUAUCUCGGAUAUUUCGCUUGCAGAAAUGGAUUUCGACUUUGCAGAAAAGCUGAUUUCUUUAAGGCACUUCGAUCUGUUUGAAAAGAGAGUCUCGGAAGGAUUUGAUCUCGCCAGACUCCACGAGAAAAAGGGAUCUUUCUUGCAUCAUCUUGUUAGACUCGGUUAUAGAAACCUUCUUGUCCGAUUAUGUUCACAUGAUGCUGCUUUAAAAUUCGAUGACCAUGACCGUUGCCAAGUUCCAGAAAAGGACGAAGAAAAUGCACCGGGUCGCCCUCCUCGCCCUCAAAGUUUCAUUCAAUCCUUGCUGUUUGCUGCCUGCAACUGCCCGCUGCCUAAUAUGGACGUCCUCCAGUUUCUUGUCGAGGACAUGGGCGUCAAUGUCGAUGUGCAAAGCAGGGAAUACAAAGAAUUGGGUGGCAAUGUUCUUCAUAUCCUCGCUGCCGGGUGUAAUUGGUGGCAUGUCGCUCAAGCUUUGCCUUAUGUCAUCAAGAUGGGUGCAAAUAUAGAGCUGCGUGACCAAAAAGGGAGAACGCCCUUGCACAUUGCAUUGGAUUUUCUUGUGAAUGGACCAUUCUAUAAGGAAGCAACGAGGAUCCUAAUUGAGAACGGGGCAGAUGUCAAUGCCGCAGAUUCUAAAGGAAGAACUUGUUUAUCCAGAGCCGGACGUGAGCUGGAGAUGACGAAGCUGCUACUCAAUCACGGGGCCAGGAUAAACGCAGUGGCUAUCUUUGAAGCAAUUGAAUACCGGCAAAUUGAGGUCUUGAAAGAACUGCUCUCCCGAGGUGACAAUGCCAAUUUGAGGAUACCUAAGCAUAAGACAGUCGAGGCACGCGAAACAAGACCAAGGUUUGUUUCAGGCAAGAUUGCUGACUACCAACUUUACCCCGUGUUAGAAGCCUCUUUGAAUACUCGUAGGCCAGACAUAACGGUCAGCAAAAAGGUGGAUGCAGAGAACCGGAGGCAGGUCAUGGUGACACUUCUCAAUCAUGGCGCAGAUCCAUAUGCUACCUUUUUCAUUGAAGCCGAAGUGACCGAUGGCAAAUCUCACAGAGCCAGCAAGAACCCCGACUCGCAGGAAUCAAGUUCGACAUGGAAACAAGAAUCACCCAUUGUGAUUCAUGAAAUGUUUGCACGAGGAGAGGUAGUCGAGCCAUUGUUCCACCUGCCAACCUUGCGACUUGAACUUCGAGAUCCUCAAGGCCGCACUUUGCUCCUUGCUGCCUUUGACGGCAAGACACUGGGCCACACAGUCGAUUACGGGGACGGAGUCACCAAAACCGUCUUGCAAGAGCUCCUAGAUCGUGGAGCAGAUGUAACAGCGCAAGACAGUGAUGGCAGAACAAUCCUUCAUCGCAUCAAGGCCUUAGACUCUAAGACCGACGCUUCCAAGAUACUCAAAGCUCACCUCAACAAGACUCCAAGCCUCAUCCACCUAGCUGACCGGGCCGGUAAUACAGCAUUGCACUAUGCACUCUAUCAACAACGCUCCACAGUGAUCAGUCCAAGCUUCACAACCGCCAAUCCACCCUUCUUCUACGGUCGAGACCCUUUUGUACCCUUCACCGACUACCCUAAUUUACUUCUGGACCACGGCGCCGAUCCUCUUCAACCUGACCAGAGGUGUGAUACGGCCCUUCAUCACCUCGCAAAGUCACUUCGCUACCAAGGCUUCAAAGACUUAUUCCAGCGGUUCCUCAACGCCGGCGUUGAUAUCAACGCCCGAAAUGAGAAGGGUAGAUCGCCGCUCUUCUACUAUGUUGAGGGUGCUGUGCAUGAAGAUUGGAUUCCCCGAGGCGGUGAUAAUUCAAGUGAUGAGAGGCAUGACCCCUUCUUUGAUUUUUUCAGAGAUGCAGGAGCGGACUUCUUCGCAAGCGACAAUGAUGGCAACACUUUGCUUCAUCUCUUGGCUACCAGGCAACCUGAUACGUGGAAACCGGGCAGUCUACACGAAGGCAUAGAUGCUUCAGUGGAACGCUUCAAGUUUUUAAUGGGAUUGGGGCUUGAUCCUAUGGCGGAGGAUGCGCAGCAGAGGACCAGUUUAGAUGUUGCCGCGGCUUAUAGAAGUGAGCAUAUUAUUAAAUUGUUUAAGCGGAAACCAAUGGAGUAA